AUGUCGGACAUUGAAAAGUCAGACGUCGAAAAGGAAGCUGAAGCUGCUGCUCCUACUACCGAUGCUGUACGUGAACCGCCCAAUCGCAAAAUAGACGAAGUAUCGAAAGAGCUCCUCCGACUGAAUAAAGCAACAGAAGCUGUCGCAGAGCAAGAUGAGAAUGUCCCGCCUCCACCUCCUCUAACCAAAUGGCAGAAGGUGAAGCGCCAUUUCAGGCGCUUCUGGAUUUGCUACCUCAUUGCACUUAUCAUUUUUCUGGCUAUAUUUCUCCCAUGCCUCUUCCUGCUGAUCAUCCCGAGAAUUGCGCAAGAUCUACUCAAUCGAGGUUCCAUCGUGAUCAAUAAUGCAUCGAUUCUCCAACCACAGAAUGACUCUGUUAUUCUCUCCAUUAGUUCGAACAUUUACAUUCCCGGCCCAUUCACUGUUAACACGCAGCCCGAGCAUCUUCAAAUGUAUAUCCCCCAGACUGGUUCCCAAUACCCCAUGGUACAGCUUAAUCUGCCCGGCGCAAAAGUCCAUAAAAAUACCACUAUCGAAGAAACCGGACAGUACACUCCCUUGGAGAAUUAUACUACCUGGCACGAAUUCGUACACGAUACCAUCUUUCUAAAUGAUGGUAGCUUGGGAUUGAAAGGCUCCGUUGUUGCACAAUUGGGAAAGAUCAAGUCAUUCACCUUGGAUCUAAAUAAAGUAGCACCUGCAAAAGGACUGAACCAAUUCAGCGGAUUUAGCAUCGACUCUGCAAGCUUAGUUUUACCAGCCGAGAGUGACGGCACGAAUCUCAUUGCGAACGCAACUCUGCCAAACCAGUCUAUAUUAACUCUGGAAAUUGGCAACACAACGCUGAAUAUACUUUCUGGCGACAUUGUUAUUGGCACAGGUGUCAUUGAGAAUCUCCUAUUGAGACCUGGCAACAACACAGUGCAAAUUCGAGGCACAGCGAAUCUUACUACCAUUAUGGACAACCUCAGUACAAUCAUCUCCCAGCAAGGACCGUACAUCAAAAACGGUUAUUUAGCCCUUACCUCCCAAGUUACAGACAUUAGCUAUAAUGGAAGUAAUGUUCCUUACUAUACGGAGGAAAUGUCUAAAGUUUCCCUUACCGCUCAAACGCCUUUGCUAGGAAUGGUUCUUAGUACGCUUCAAGGCUUCCUGAGCAGUGAGGCGGCGAAUGGCACAAAUUUAACCGCGACCCUCGAAAACAGCAUCGAGGCGGAUUACUCCAGGAGCAACAGCGUAAAGCGGAUUAGGGAUGUCCUGGAUAACUCUACCGAGAUCGAACUGAUUACCAGGAAUCAUUUGGAGAGACUUGCCAAAUUAUGA